GGGUGGAAGAUUGCUAGGAUAUCUUGUGGUGUUAGAGUAAAGAUCUCAUCGCGGUUUUGGUAUAGCAUCACUUUUAUAGCAAGGCAACAUUUUUCUUUUACCUCACUCUCAACCUCAGCAACGAGCUCAGUAAGUUAUCUCAUACACCCCAUGCCAUGAAUCGUCAGCUCCGUGCGCAGUUGAUGCGCUGCUGGCACAAACAGGAGCUCGCGGUAGCGAUUGUGUGGAGAUAAGUAUCGCUGUCGACAUCAUAGCAGAAUAAUGUGGGCCACCCUAGCCAGCUGGAUCUGCCUCUUUCUCUGGUGCUGUCUGCUUCUGCUUCUGGUCGCAGCACAUGCUGCUCGGCCUGCGCGGCCAACUCGGCGACAAACCGAUCCCGCCACGCGCGGCGUGGAGCGAGAGCUCCGCAAGCGACAAGACGACUACGACCGCGGCCGCCCGGAAGCACGGUCGAAAGGCCCGAGAUACUGAGGUAUGUUUGCUGGUUUCACUUC